UGGGGACAGCAGGGCUGAGCUGCUCUCUGUCAGAGGUGCGGUUGUCACCUCCGCGGCCAGCUACUGUAAGUGACUGGUAGUGAGUGCAGUUUCUUUGUGUUUGCUGCUUUUCCUCCUCCGCUCAUGUAAUGCACUCCCUGAACCAAGAAAUCAAAGCAUUCUCCCGGAAUAAUCUCAGGAAGCAGUGCACCAGGGUGACCACGCUAACUGGAAAGAAAAUUAUAGAAAGCUGGAAAGAUGCCACAGUUCAUGUUGUGGAAGCAGAGCCCAGCGGUGGGGGUGGUUGUGGCUAUGUGCAGGACCUUAGCUUGGACCUGCAAGUUGGCGUUAUUAAGCCCUGGUUGCUUCUGGGGUCGCAGGAUGCUGCUCACGAUCUGGAGCUCCUGAGAAAGCACAAGGUGACUCAUAUUCUCAAUGUUGCAUAUGGAGUUGAAAAUGCUUUCCUCAGUGAGUUUACAUAUAAGACCAUUUCUAUAUUGGAUGUGCCUGAAACCAAUAUCCUGUCUUAUUUUCCAGAAUGUUUUGAGUUUAUUGAGCAAGCAAAACUGAAGGAUGGCGUGGUUCUCGUUCACUGUAAUGCAGGGGUUUCCAGGGCUGCUGCGAUUGUCAUUGGCUUCCUGAUGAGUUCUGAAGAGAUUGAAUUCACCAAUGCUUUGUCCUUGGUGAAAGAUGCAAGGCCAUCCAUAUGUCCGAAUCCUGGCUUCAUAGAACAGCUUCGCACCUACCAAGUGGGCAAAGAGAGCAAUGGAGGUGACCAAGUGCCCUCAGUGGACAGGGGCCACAGUCCAUGAUCUGUACUCUGGCAGAAACAACCUCUGCAUCUGCUUCUAUUUUGGAGAGAAAAUUUGUAAAACUCCUCUUUUCUUUUUUUUUUUUUCCAGUGAAAAUGGGGGUUACUUUUAUCUCCCUGAGUUAGUAUAUUAAUACAUUUUUAAGUUUUACCUUUUCUUUGUUAUUGUAAUAUCUGGUUAAGUGUUUCUUUGAAUUACUAAGAGAUUAGAGUAUAUGAUCAAAUCACUAAAUCACUGUAAGAGAAAUUUUAAACCUAAAAAUAUUUAUUAGAGAUAGAAAAGCAAUCAAGGAGGUCUUUUUUUUUUUUGUAACACAUUUGACACAUUCUCAGUAAGGUUGCAAAAUUAAUAAGCUUUGAAAACUUAACAGUCUUUUUGUUUGUUUGUUUUCGAGACAGGGUUUCUCUGUUUAGCUUUGGAGCCUAUCCUGGCACUCGCUCUGGAGACCAGGCUGGCCUCGAACUCACAGAGAUCUGCCUGCCUCUGCCUCCCGAGUGCUGGGAUUAAAGGUGUUCGUCACCAACGCCCGGCCGCCAAGGAGGUCUUUUAAUUUACUCUGUUCUCAUACACAAUUUCAUGAACAAAAACUUUUUGAAGCAGUAGACUUACUAAAUGAAGACUUACCAUUCAAACUGAAGUAAAUGUUUUACAAAGAAUAUUUUAAAGUUAAAAAAUAAUACCUUCAGAAUUACCCAAAUAGUACCAGGAUCAAAAGGCUUAUAUAAAAAUCUAUCUAAUGGUUAUAAAUUCAUGUGAUUUUUUAAAUUUUCUUAUGAAAACCACAUUUUCAUGUUGACUUUUACAUUUGGUCCUAUUGCAAGCAUUUUUUGUUUAUUCUUUAAGUGAUUGAAGAAGCUCUAUUAUAUAAUUUUAUGAUUUUAAUUAGGUGUUAUCACUUAUACUCUGUUCUUUUUAACUUGGGUGCUAAGUGUUCUGUUUAUGAGUCACCUGUCAUAUUUUUUUGGUCUAAAAACUAUCUUAUAGUGAGAGAUAAUUUUUUAAGAUGUAAUCAUAAGAUUAAUCUAUUUCCUAUUUCAGUAUUCUGCUGGCAAACCUAUUUUUAGGAAAGAAAAGUUAUAAACCAAUAAAAAAUUAAAUAUUGUUAUGAUGCUUAAUAUUAUGCACAUUUUUCAUGGAAGAACUAUUUUCCUCUUCCAUGCAGUUAAUGAAACUGCAUUAUGUACAUUAUGCUUUAUAGCUUUGAGUUUGGGGCAGGGGAUUGCAAAUCAAGUAAAGUCCAAGCUUAAUUUGCAAGAAGACUUUGACUUCCAUCAUCAGCAACACACACACACACACACACACACACACACACACACACACACACACACACACACACACGAAAAGAUCUUUUAAAAUUUUUAUGUAAGUACAUACUGCAAAAUUGAACAUUGUUUAGUUAUGAGGGAAUUCUUUUAUGUCUUUUGAGUGACAUUUGUGGUAAGUUCUAAAAGAUAAGUAGGAGUUGACUGAGGGUGAGUGGGUUGUGGCAGAUUUUUCAGAAUUGAGUCAGGAAUAUAUGUAAAAACCAAAGCCUGAGGAGGAGCAUGAAAUGUUGGAGUAAUGGAAGGAAGUGCUGAGAUGUGGGGGCAGUGAGGACGAGGGCAUGAGAUACUGUCCAUGACUGUGGACUGUUGGCCAGAUCGAGUGAGACUUGGUAGAGAACUUUGAGAUGCUAGCCUUUCAGAAUAGUAGAUUAAAGGUUGUAAAGACUAAAA